GAGGGGGGAGCCGCUACAGGCGCCGAGGAGGUCCAACCCCGGCUCGCGCGUCCCAGCCCCAUACCCUUCCUCCCUCCCUCCGUCUCUCCAGCGGCGCGCGUUCGUGCCGAGCGCUCGUUCCCGUCGGCACCCGGGCGUGCUCCCGCUGUCGCGCCCCGCGCCCCUCGCCCCCGCCCCUUCCUCCCGCCGUUAGAGAGAUCGGACCCCGGAGGUUUGCGAACUUCCUUCUGGCCGGAGCGGGAAGAACCGGGCCCGGGCCCGUGGCGGAGCGAGCGAGGGUGGAUACCAGCCUUCCCCUGCCGCCGCUUCACCUCAGGCGCCCCCGGGGACAGUUACAGGAGGAGCCCGGGGAGGGGAGCCGGAGCGGAGGCUGAGCGGACCCGCCGACUCGACGCGACCCGACCCACCGCGCGCAGACCUCGGGUGCCCGUGCCCCGCGAGCCCAGGGGCUAUGGCUUCCCCCUACCCGGCCCCGGGGGCCACGACCGGCGACAGCGGCGGAGAGCUGAGCUCCGGGGAUGAGUCUGGGGACGUGGGGGACUCCCCGCACGGCCCCGGGGGCGAGGCGCCCAAGAGCCUGGUGGAGCUCUUUGAGAAGGCGGCGGCUCACCUGCAGGGCCUAGUCCAGGUGGCCAGCAGGGAGCAGCUACUCUACCUGUACGCCAGGUACAAGCAGGUCAAAGUUGGAAAUUGUAAUACACCUAAACCAAGCUUCUUUGACUUUGAGGGGAAACAGAAAUGGGAAGCAUGGAAGGCACUUGGAGAUUCAAGUCCUAGCCAAGCAAUGCAGGAAUAUAUUGCAAUGGUUAAAAAAUUAGAUCCAAAUUGGAAUCCUCAGAUGGUAGAAAAAAAAGGGAAAGAAGUAAAUUGGUUUGGUGGACCAGUUGUUAGUUCUUUGUAUCAAGAGAAACUAUCAGCAUCUACUUUUUCUACCCUAAUUAGAGAAGAAGACAAGAACAUAUUUGAUUACUGCAGGGAAAACAACAUUGACCACAUAACCAAAGCCAUCAGAUCAAAAAAAGUGGAUGUGAACAUGAAGGAUGAAGAGGGCAGGGCUCUACUCCAUUGGGCAUGUGACCGAGGACAUAAGGAUCUAGUAACAGUCCUGCUGCAAUAUACAGCUGACAUUAAUUGUCAGGAUAAUGAAGGUCAGACAGCCCUACAUUAUGCUUCUGCCUGUGAGUUCUUAGACAUUGUGGAACUGCUGCUGAAGUGUGGAGCUGACCCCACCCUACGAGACCAGGAGGGCUGUCUGCCUGAGGAGGUGACAGGCUGUAAAGCCGUCUCUUUAGUACUGCAGCAACACACAGCUGGCAAAGCUUAACUCCACAGCUGGGAAGCUGCAGCCUUUAACUAGCCCAGGGCUUCAAUAAUGAAAGAAAACUGCAAUAAUAACCCUUCUCUGCCACUCUUCUUUGGUAUGCAUUGGCUAAUGAGGACUAGGACACUCAGAGAUGUGGACUGGUGGUUCAAAGCCUCAGCCAUUCAUUCUUUCUGCAUACACUGGGGAGAAUAGAUGAACUUGGGUGCAAUGCAUAAUAUGAUCAGGUUCUUUUGAGCAAGCUCUGAUACCAUUGCUCAAGAGGGCAGGGGAAGGAAGUAGAUCAUCUUUCACAACAUUAAAUGUGGCUGCUCUUUAAAAUAUGGAUAUAUAAGCAAAAAAUGACCAUUUGACACAGAAAAUGAGGGCAUCUAUUCAUGAAAUACCUUAUUUGGUGGUAACCAAAUGGUCAGUGGCACUAACACAACUGAACACAUUCCAAGUAUACUCCUCAUUUGACAGACAAAUUUGAGAGGGGAAGAAGAGGUAGUGGUCAAAAACAGUAAGGAAAACAUUUGUUUGCAUUCUUUGAGGGAUGUGGAAGGCAUAAGGAAGAUCCAGUAAGUUCUCUCAGUGGGAGAGAUAUUGAUAAUGGACAAAGCACCAAUUAAGCCAGUAUUCUUCUCCUAACCAACUUGGGGGAAGAAAAGAGAGGGAUUUCCUUAGUAGCCAGCCCUCUCCCUCCAGAUACAAUGUUUGUGUCAGAAGGAUUUCAGCAUUAUGUUAUGUAAGAGUCUUUUAAGACCUAGUGUGAAAUGGUGCACAAUUACCCAGUGCUUUUGAGGGUGGAGUGGACACCAAGGUAACCUCUGUUGUUGUAAAAGUGUAUGGGUGCUUUUAAAUCAGUAUACUAGUAUCCAUCCUGGGCUCUAAGUUUGCCUUGUUAUCCUGGUUCAGACUAAUCCAGGAAACUCUUUUGAAAGCUAUUACUGUACAAAUCAAGUAGCUCAUUAAGUAGGAAGUUAGUUUGAGGUCUGUAAUCAAUAUCAAAAUAGUAGCAGGCCAAGCAUCUCAGAACGUUGAUUGGUGGUGAAGCUUUCCAUCAGCUUGUACCCCCAUCAGGAGUGCUUCCAUGGCAGAAGUCAGGCAUGUUGAUUGGUGCCUCUCUUGCUGGAGUGCUCUCAAGCUUACUUGAAGAAUUAGCUCUUCUAGGUUAUUGACCAACAUCUUUCACCUGUAUUCAGUUUUUUAAUUAUUUGGAAACCUGAUGUGCAUGUUAGAGCCUCCUGAAGUUCCACAGGUAUUCUUAUAGAACAUUGUCCUUACCUUGGCGCUCCCUUCACAAUAUUCAAGCUACACUGCAACUCACUGUGGCUUUCUUCCACUGUGUACCCUGGUGUGUGUAAGAAUCCCCCUCUCCUGGUUGCAGCCCAACUGCAAAAACUGUUGCAUGCCCUCUUAAAAUGAAUGUCAUUUUGUGAAUAUUAGUAACAGAGCACAUUUAGGAAAGUGUUUGUUCUGUACAGGCUUGAAGGGCAGCUGCUUGGGUCUAUUGACCUUUGUUCACCUGAUUCUGCCAGCAUUUCUUAAGCACCUGCUCUGUGCAAAACACUGUUGUCUUUUGUCAAGAUUUGGUCGUUUGAACUUGAUACAUAUUAGCCAAACUUUCAGUUUCCUCUUCUCUCACAUCAAAACAAAGUCAAUGGGACUUAAGUGUGAGAUAGCUUUUUUUAAAAAUUUAUUUCACUUUAAGGUUUUUUGAGUUCAUCUUUACAACUUUAGGUCAUUAAUUGAAUAUAAUCAUCACCCUAGAAAUAUCAAAUGCAUUAUAAAGCCAGUUUCAAAAUAUUUAACCCUUCUUUCAUUACGUUACCAAGAUUUGAAUUCAGAAAACUUUUCCAGAAGCAGUUAAUAUUAUCAUACACGGCAGCCUGUGAAUUAUCUCUUUGUAUCGUAAGGGUUGUGCUGGUAUUAGCCAUUACAAAAGUGGAAAUUUGGUUUUGAUUCCCCUUUAACUCUUCUUGAGUUAUUAUAAAGAGAAUUAUGCUCCUGCCUUGAGCAUUUUUUAUGACAAUUCCUUGAGUUUCCUUGCCAAAAGUGGAGGAGCUACUCCCAAGUAAAGAAUAUGUUUUGAGGCAGAAACUCAACUAGUCAUCUGAGAACCUCCUCAUGGUGAGUACAUGAUGAGCUAAUGCUUCCAUAUCACUUACUUGGAUUUUCCCAUAAUUUGGCCUAGAGAUUACCAUACCUGAAGUCAGGAAACCUGGCUUCGGAUUCCGGCCCUGAUCAUCUUUGGGACUUAGAGUGAAUCUCUCUACUUCUCUAGGCCUCACUUUCCUGUAUAAAAUGAGGAGAUUCUGGAUUAGGUGACUGCUCAUGUACCUUUCAGCUCUAAAUCCUAUGAACAAACUGGUUUGAAAGAGGAAGUGUAGGUCAGCUGUGAAUCCUGGAUAUGUUAAUAAUAAUUCAAAUUAAUCAUACUCAAAAAUAUAAUGGGAAGUAUUUUGAAACAAUUAUUUCUGGUUCUAUUAUAAGAACCAACAAGAAUUUUUAAAAUCACUUUUCAGAUGCCACUGUUAUUUGGGGGAAGGGAGGGAAUAGUUUGAGUUAUUAUUGGCUCAGAUAUCUGAUUCCAGAUCUUUCCUGUUUGAUAUUUCUAAUGCAACAGAGCAUUGUAAAAUUUGUACUACAAUCAGUUUCUGUGGGGUUAGAGCUAUCUUUUGGUUAGAAGAAUAAAUCAUCUGUGAGUGAUGUAACUAAAAAACUUCUCAAACCCUGUUUGAGGUUAUUUUUUGCAUCCUUGCUCUUUGGCCUUUAUCAUAACUCUUUUGGUCUCCAUUUUUAAAGCAGAAUUUUAAAAGAAAAGCAGUCAAAUUUUUAUCUAUACUUUCGCCCUUCUUCCCACCAGUCCCAUGGCCAGGUACAUUAUUCUGAUUGUUACAUCUUUAGAAGAUUUUUUACUAUCAUCCUAAAAUUUCCCUUCUAACAGCCUUACAAAGUUUUACUUUGUUUAAGUUCUGGAUUUGGAGUAAAGACCCUGAGUUCAAGUCCCAGGUCUGCUACUUACUGGCUAUAUGGCUUUGGGCAUGGUACUUCAUCGAGUCUCAGGUUACUCAUCAUCAAAACGUGAGAGAGCAGGAGUGAGAAAUGACCUACCUUUAAGAUCAUCUUUAAGGUUUCUUCCAACUCUAUGAACCUGUGAAUAUAAGGAAUGAAAAGAGAGCAUACAAAGUAUCAAGUGGAUUCAAAACACAAUAUCAAAUUUAUCACCCUGUCUUCCAAAUGCUUUCCUGAAGCUUAUUUCCUCGCCUUUCCCACUAUUUCAAGGGUUAGAAACUUUUUGUGGACUUGUGAUACUUUUGUGGGGUUUUUUGUGGUUUUUUUUUUUUUUUGUAAGGCAAUUGGGGUUAAAUGACUUACCCAGGGUCACACAGCUAGUAAGUAUCAAGUGUCUGAGGCUGGAUUUGAACUCAGGUACUUCUGAAUCCAGGGCCAGUGCUCUAGCUGCUCCACUUGUGAUACCUUUAAUAGUUUUUAGAGUCACAAUCCAAGGAAAAUACAUACUCUGUAUGUAUAUAGAGUGUAUCUACUUCCUCACCAACAUCAGCCUUCCAAACCUGGACCUAGAAUCCUAAAACCACAAACUAUUAGAACUGAAAGAGACCCAAAGCCAUCUAGUCCAGUUGUACUGUUUGAAAGCUAAAGCAGCUAAACCUACCUCCCAGGGUUUGGGUAGCAACCAUCAGGGUUUUACAGCCUAUAUAUCUGGGACAGACAUUGUAGAUGGACAACAAAUAUAGUUGAAUAGGAGGAAGAGUGUACUGGGUUGCAUUUGGGAAAUGGUACAGCACUUUGACGACCCCCAAGCUCCGCCCUGAAACAAAAUAAAACAAAAA